AAACACUUAACAAACCAUCUCUGCCAAAAUCGAAGCCUCCUUCAUCCUCGUCGCUGGCCAAGCCACCCCUCACCGUCUACAACGUUGAUUCAUCAUAACCACGUCGGAUACAACUUCGCCCUCUUCAGUGUUUCAUCCUUGCCUUCCGCUGCCUCGUCUGACGCCGAAAGGGGGGACAAAUCUCGAGCCUACGCUUCUCUCCCUAAGGAUUGUCCUCUUUGGAGUAGAUCAGGCCGCCAUGCUCGACCUCUCAUCGGGGGUGGCUGGGAGUGUUUCCUCGUCUACCUCGAUGUACUCUUCGUCUUCGUCGGCGUUUUCAAUUUCCAGUAGCAAUAUGUUUUAGUACAAGGAUGGUGUGCCCCAACGAUCCCUUGCAGCAUAGUUUGAGGAUGGGCUUCUAGGGUUCUCGCAUUUCCACCCUGGGGUGCCGAGGAAGGUGCCAAGAUCACCUUACAAGUUCUGGUUCUCAAAUUUGAAGCUGACAUGGACAUCGAAGCAUAUAGUGAAGAAUCCAAAUGUUCUGUCAUUGAUCAUGGAGAAGAGGUUGAUGUCCAGGAAAAACUUAUGGUUCCACUAUUGAGGAGACACAUGAACCACCAACGACCUUCGAAGCGACAUGGUGUCCCAAUUGUCCAUGCCUUUCUUGGAUUCUCUUCCUUUGCUCGGACUAUUUUAUUCAGCUGCUUUGCCCCUGCCUAUUCGCAUUCCGCCUUCAUUAAGCCACUAGAUUCCAUUCCUGAGCUGAAACCCACUAAAUGUCUUGAACAUGUCAAAUUUGAAGAAGUGGAUGAAGACGAGGAACAAGUUGACAUGCUACAUGCAGAUUUUGGGUUCUUUGACCCUAAGCCGGGGGAUUUUAGUGGGGUGAAACUUCUUCUUCACAAUUGCCUUGGCAACAAGCCAUGGGACCUCACUGGUUUUGUGGAUUUGAUCUUGGAGCAGACAACUGUUGGUACAGUUGUCAAAUUGGAUGAGCAAGAUGAAGUAGGGCAUGUAAAUGAUGAUGAUGGUGGUCCUUUUGGCAUUAUCAGUGUUAUUAAUCUGCAAAGAUACCAGGUCAUCCUUAGUAAACCUAUGUCAUCUUUUGCUUUGCUCAUUUUUUGUGCUGCAAUAUGAAGUUUUAUUGCUCCCAGCAUCACAGAUGAAUUAAGUAACUCAAAGGGUUCUUGCUUGAAGCAUGUACUGAGGAAUCCACAAACUAAAAGAUGAAGACAUAUUUGGAAUGACAAGUGGGUGAUGUGGGCCUUUUAGUUUCUCAACGCUUUGUCAACUGCCCCUACCAGUUAGUGCCUCCAUGGUAUGAUGCAUUAUUUGAUGAGAUAGCAUAGGCAACUGAAGAUGAGGUUAGCAACAAACGGUUGUACAUGAAACAACUUUAAAGGUGCAUUUGUCUUUUGGUUAUUUAUACUUCUACUUGUUUCUUUCAGCCAACGUAGGAGUUUAGGGAUUCCUUUUGUUUCAAGUAUUAUGUGUUGGUUACUAGAAGUUUUGAGGUAGAUUGAUUGCCUUAUCAUUGGGGUUAGUUUGCAUUAGUAUUCUUGGGUUGUUGGUCAUCAAUAAUUGUAGCCAAGAUAAAGAACAAUUAGUAUUCUCUUUCUCAUGAAAUACUAACAGCUAUGGUCAUUGUAAGUGAUGUCUCUCAAGUAGUGUGUAGCAAAGCAAACAUGAAGGGCGAUGUUGAUUUUAGGGACUCUAUAAUAUAUAUAUCAAGCCAAAGGACGAGAUUUUUUAAGAGGUUCUAUGGAAGUAAGUUAAAUUGCAAAGCUUACUGACAAAAUCUUUCACAUUUUUUCUCUCGAUUUCAGCUGAGCUCACUUUCAUUUACUUUUUCUUUGCGUGCUGCGAGGUCAUCUCCUAGUUGAGAAUUGGAAGGUCAAUGCUGAAUGGAGGUAUCCAACUGAAGAUAGAUAGGUGGAUGUUUCAACCGAAGAUGGAUUGGUUUCACAUGCCAAUUAUCUUCAAAUCUGGAUGAUGUCUGGUUAAUGUUUGUGUUAAGCAAUGUAUCUAUUAUUUUGGGAACUAUCUUCGAAUCUAGAUAUGUCAAGUUCCGA